CCCUCAUCAAGACGGCGCACUGUAUCAUCAGCAUUUCUUUUCGUGUGGUAUAAAUCCGAUAAGAGCUUGAGUAUAAUCGCAUUCUCGUCAUCGAUGCGUCUCUUCUCAUCCAAGUUUGUCAGGACUUUCGCAUCAUCUGCAUACAAGAGGCCUUUCCAGCAAAGACCCGACUUCAUCCAGCGACAGCCAAGGAUGGCUUCGCCUGUUGCAGAGCCUGGCGCUGAGCCACAAGCAAAGGCGGAGGCCCACAGCAAGACGAACGGCAAGCGACCAUUCAAAGGAGGCCAGGAUGGUCCAAGGGGCUGGGGCAACAACUCCAAAAAGAAGAUGCCCAAGAAGCAGAAACCAGCCAAGGAAGGCUCACACGAGGAAGUCCUCAUGCUUGACAUCCAAGCUCUCAUCGAGGAGACAAGAACGGCGGACGAAGGUGCAGCUACAGAGGCUCCACCUGAGACUCUCCCAGAACAAGGCUCCGAGAUCGAGGUCGAGGUCCUCAAGCUCUCCUCCACAGGCGACGGCCUGGCAAGGCAGCCUGGCUCAAAACAGAUCUACGUCGUGCCCUUCGCAAUACCUGGCGACACCGUCAAGGUAAAAGCGUAUCGACACCUCCCCAGGGAUGGCUACUCCGUCGCAGACUUCAUAUCCGUCGUCAAGCCAUCACCACUCCGCGACGACAGCAGGAUAAAGUGCAAGUACUUCACAAGAUGCGGCGGCUGCCAGUUCCAGAUGAUGGACUACUCAGAGCAGCUGAAGCACAAGAAGACCAUCGUGGAGCGCGCCUUCAAGAACUUCUCAGACCUGCCGCCGGAGCUGGUCCCAGCGGUCCAGGACACGUUCAGUAGCCCGCUGCAGUAUGGCUACAGGACAAAGCUGACGCCGCACUUUGACGGCCCGCCGGGCUUCCAGGGCAAGAGGCGCGGCGGGCCCAAGGAGAAGAAGGUACUGCAGGAGAUGCCGGACAUCGGUUUCAUGCUCAAGGGCGGGCCGAGGCGGGUCUUGGACAUUGAGGACUGCCCGAUCGGCACGGACGCCGUGCGCCGCGGCAUGGCGCGCGAGCGAGAGCGCAUGAGGGCCGAGUACGGGCAGUACGAGCGGGGGGCGACCAUCCUGCUGCGCGAGAACACGGCCCGCGUGCCCAAGGGCGAGCCACUACCCGACCCGCUGCCGCAGGACGCCGUCGUGGUCGAGAACGACAGCAGCACCGACAUCAAGACGUGCAUCACGGACAACAACGCCAUGUCGACCGAGUUCAUCGGCGACUUCACGUUCACCAACCGCGCGGGCGACUUCUUCCAGAACAACAACUCCAUCCUCAAGCCCUUCACAGACCACAUCCGCGACCACAUCCUGCCGCCGCCCCCAGCUACUACUGCCCCCGACGCCAACGACGGCAAGAAGCCCAUCAGGUACCUCAUCGACGCCUACUCGGGCUCCGGCCUCUUCACCAUCACCCUCUCCACCCUCUUCCCCGGCGGCAGCAUCGGCAUCGACAUCGCCGAGAAGUCGAUCGCCUUCGCGCGGCGCAACGCGGCCCUCAACGGGCUCGCGGAGGGCAAGCAGUGCACCUUCAUCGCGGCCGACGCGCCCCGGCUCUUCGAGUCCGUCUCCCAGUUCGACCCGGACGAGACGGCGGUCGUGCUCGACCCUCCCCGGAAGGGGUGCGACGAGAGCUUCCUGCGGCAGCUGCUGGGCUUCGCGCCGCGGCGGGUCGUGUAUGUCAGCUGUAACGUGCACACGCAGGCGCGGGAUGUCGGGGUGCUCGUCCGCGGGGAGGUGGGCGGUUUCAUGAAGGGGGCCGCUGGGGGAGGCGGUAGUGGGGAGAACGAGGAGGGCGAGAAGAAGAAGACGAGGUAUGAGAUUGAGAGCUUGAGGGGGUUUGACUUCUUCCCGCAGACGGGGCAUGUUGAGGGCGUGGCGAUCCUGAAUAGGGUUGACAAUUGAGGAGGACUGUCUGGAUGGAGCAUGAUGUCUGCUGGGUCAUGGCCAUAUUGGAGAAGGAUAUGGGCGUUGCAAUCAGGCCGUACGCGAAAAGGGUGUGUGACGAGGUGUAUGACCCAGCAUUGAAUGUCGACAUCAAUACCAAUACAAAUUGAUACCCUGGUGCUCGAGGCCC